GGAUAGGAAACGAUGUUAUGUUGCGCUAGUCAUCCGUUCUCACUCCGAGUCUGGGAUUUUUGGUGCUUUAUUCAAAAUGCCUGACGGAUUAAUAACCCGAUAAGGGCAGGGACCCGGUUACAGACAAGCUGAGAACCGGUAAGACACCAGUAAGAGUUGAGGAAGUGUCGGACCCGGUAGUCGUGAACGACAGCUAGCUAGAUAUGCCAGUUUCCUGUGUUAUUUUGAAUUUGUUUACAGGAUGAAAUGCCCCCACGACCAUGAUCUCGCUAUCGUUAUGUUAGCCAUCAGAUCGGCAGAGGAGGAGUCCGCAGAGAUGGAGGAGAUGGACACCUCGGAGCCCAACUGGUGCUGGUUCUACUUGGCUGAGUGUGGAGUGUGGCAUAUGUUUGAGAUUGAUCCCAGUGCAGCCUGCUCUGUGACCAGUGCUCAGAUUGAGCAGUGCUAUAACAGGAACCAACGUGGUGUCAUGGAGUUCUACACAGCAAAGUAUACGUACAGGCUCGACUUCUCGGUUAUGCGACAGAUAAAUGUAACGACAGGAAAGCAGCGGCCAAUUAAACGGUCCCUCCACUCUGCAACUGGCUUCAGAUUUAUUUGUGAUAACCUUGCUUUGCCUGUUCCCUGUCAUUGGGAGAGAAUCAAUACAGAUGAGCCCUAUCAGCUCAUACAGCUCGGCAGAGACACCUAUGAGUUUAAAGAAGUAGCCAGACUGUAUGAAAGGACCAUGGAUCAUCCAAUCAAAUCCAUCCAGAGGAUUCAGAACCUGGACCUGUGGGAGUUCUUCUGCAGGAAGAAAACACAGUUGCGAAAAGUCAAGCGCACAUUGGAUAUUGAAGAGCGAAUGCUGUUUCAUGGCACAGGACACAGCAACAUACAAGCUAUAUGUACGUUUAACUUUGACUGGCGGCUGACCGGAAGCCAUGGCGAUGUUUAUGGCAAAGGGAGCUACUUUGCCCGGGAUGCUAAAUACUCCAGUAAAUUCUGUCACACCACGGGGAAGCACAACACCACUUUACAGAGACAUGGACUCGCCCCGCCAAUAUUUGCUAGUGAACCACCUUAUAAGACCAUGUUCCUGGCCAGAGUGCUUGUCGGAGAGUACACAGUCGGUCAUCCUAUGUACUGCAGACCACCUUCGAAGGACGCCAGCUUCACCAACUUUUACGACAGUUGCGUGGACGAUAUGGCCAAUCCAAAGAUUUAUGUCAUUUUUGACAGCAACCAGAUUUAUCCUGAGUAUCUGAUUGAGUUCUACUGACACCUAACACACUUUUUUCUUAUCAAAACAUAGGAACUACAGAGGCUGGAUCUCCAACAUGGAAAUAUUUAGGAUACAAAGUCAGAUGAUGAGUUGGAACAGAGAGAGAAGCAGUUAAGAGACCUUUGCUUUUUCUUUCAGUUAGAUCCAGAGCCUAACUGGAGCAUGGGUCAUCUAAAGUGCCUUCAAGGAAAUGGAAAAUCAAGAAAACAAUACAGACUUUGUGUACAGUUUGUUUACUGUACAGUAUAUCUUAAGAUGGGACCUUGUGGUUGGAACGUCUCUGUGACUUAUAAAAAGGCUAAGAAAAAAAACUGAACGAAAAUCUGCUUUUACUUUUACCAGUCUUAGUGGAAGUUUUGUAUUUAAUGCAGACUAUGUGCUUGCUUGUUGAAUAUCUGUGCACAGUUGUUAAAAAUAAGAGUGGAACUUGCAGCCUGUAGAUUAUAGGUGAUGUCCUGCCACCGUCCACAGCCCUUCUCUCACAUCCAAACAGUGCCACGCAUGAGUUUAUUUACAAGUCAUACUUCCAAAUGACGAAACCAAAAACCAUGACGUGUUCAUGCUUACCCAUUUAGCUCCGUGAUCUGAACAUCUGUGUGUACCUAGUACAAUGCAUUGUGUAGACAUGUAUUCUUUUGUUUUUAUUCCCAAAAAAAACGCUUCUACCUCUGCAUUUUUUUAGACCAUGCAUCAGUGCACUUUACUCUUUCUGUGAAAGGGUCGGUUAUUGUGUCACAGUGACAUAAAGUUGUGAUGUCUUGUUUACCUGUGGUCCUUGAGCAAUAUGUUUCAGUGUAUCUUCUCUGAUUAUUGACUCCAGUCUUUAAAAGACUUUUUUUCAUCCCAAACCAAAAUUUAUUCAGUUUGAACAUUUCAAUUAAAUCAUCCGAGUGUGACGUCACCACCUGCUAACAUCUCUCUUAAAAAAGAAUAAGCAGGUUUUCUUUGCACCUGGUGUAAAUUGAUUAAAAAAAUGAAUGUAGCCAGCACAUGUAUAGCACUGUAAUGAAAAUUAACCACACAAUGUAAUAUUGCUUUGCUAUGUACAUGUGUUGAAUUCACUGUAUGACGCUUGUGUGUUGUUUUUGAGCAAGGGAGGACAACAAAAGGAGGAUUCAGAGUACUACAUUUGCCACAAGGUGGUGCAACAGUGCAAAAUUGGAUCUUGAGAGACUCUUGCAUUUCCUCAUAGUUAAUGCAAACCGGUGUCUUCAGUCGUAACACUACACCUGUAUGUGUGUGUGUGUGGGUGCGUGCGUGCGUGCGUGCAAAGAGUGCGUGCAGCUAUAUGUGUGUGUCUGUAAUUUGCACAUGUUACAACCAAUAAACU